AUGACUAUUCUUACAACGGAUAGUUUGUAUGUCCAAAAGAAAGAGCCAGACUGUCCACUGGAUGAGAUAUGUGUUAAGGAGGAAGAAAAGUUUGCUGAUUUAAGUCGAAAAACAUUGCCAGCUCAAAAGGUCACGAAAAGAAGAAGGUCCAAGUAUAGGCCCUUGAAUGGUACCAUUCUCGACAUUUCCAGCAUGCCUUUACAGCCAAAAACCCUAAAUGAUUAUCUCCAGCUUGAGGACGUUGGGUUUCUAUGUCAGAGCCUUGAAACAUCGAAGAAAAUUGUCGCUAUUACCGGGGCAGGCGUCUCUGUGGGGUCUGGUAUUCCCGAUUUUCGAUCCGCAAACGGCCUGUUCCAAGGAUUCGCCUCUAAGACGAAUGGUUCGGGAAAAAAUCUUUUUGACUACAACGUUUUCCGCUCGCCAGAUUCGCUCAAAGAAUUCGAAAAGAUGAUUCGUAAAUUAUACACAUUGUCUGUUGAAUGUGAACCUUCGCCUUUCCAUCGAUUGCUCGACAAAAUUUCGCAAGAGGGUCGUCUUCUAAGACUCUACACACAAAACAUAGAUUGCCUAGACACACAGCUUCCCCAUCUCGAGACGAGGGUCCCGUUGAAUUUUGAGAAACCGUAUCCAAAGACAAUACAACUACACGGGAAUAUAAAGCUUUUGAAUUGCUCUAAAUGUCAUCACGUGAAAGAAUUAGAUGAGUCUUAUUUUAAUGAAAACAGCAUGCUGAUCCGUAACUGUCCGGAGUGUGAGGAGCUAAACUCUGUGCGCGCAAUUGCUGGACGCAGGGUUCAGUCAGGUGGGGUCCUAAGACCCCGGAUUGUGUUGUAUAAUGAGUUCCAUCCCGACGGAGAGAUAAUUGGCAACAUCACCGAGUCAGACUUGAAAACCCGUCCCGACUGCCUUCUCGUUGUGGGGACAACGCUGAAGAUCCCAGGAGUGAGAAGACUGGUGAAAGAAAUGGCCAAAGUGGUGCAUUCGAAAAACGGAAGCGUCAUAUGGAUCAAUAUAGAGGAGCCCACACAAUCGAUCGUGGACUACAUCGAGCAUUUCGACCUCAUAGUGACUGGCAGUUGUCAGGACAUCCCUGUUCUUUUGAAUGCGUUCCAGGAGUUGAAACCCAAAAAGAAGCAGAGUAAGAGGGUUUAG